CGGCACUCGAGGUGCUGGGAGAGGGAGAGAGCAAACAUAGAGGCGGAAGGCAAAGAGAGAGAGAGAGAGAGCCCAUUAAAUCAGAGAAACGCUCAGAGAGAGGAAGGCGAGAGUGAGGGAGGAAAAGAAGAGACAUCACAGACUAAGUGUGGCUCGGCUGAGGACUUGACGAAUGCUCAUCCGGCUGGCUUAAGGUUGUCCACACUCACUCAGCUGUGAACGAGUGUCCGGGCAGAAUGGAUUUGGUUUUGGUCCAACGGUCGCCGAGCAGGAGGAGCAGCAGUUCUGUAAACGACUGUGACUCUGUUUGGAUUAUGUCAGAUGCCUCCGCCUUUGUGAUGAAUGGGAAUAAGAGCACGAAGAAAGGAAGAUGAACUUUGAUUCUCUGGAGGACUCGAUCCAGAACCUGCUGUCGGUGCUGUACCCCCCCUUCGAGGCCACCGCCCCCACACUCCUCAGCCAGCUCUUCCACAUCAUUGAUCAUCGUUAUCAGGGAGACGCCCUGCGCUGCCUGCUGGACUUUCUGGUCCCAGCAAAGCACAUCUUAGACACUGUGCAGCAGGCUGCAUGCGCUCAGUACUCUGAUGCACUCUUCUGCUGUGAAGGCUGGCCUCUUUGUUUGCGUGACCAAGUUGUCGUCCACCUUGCUCCCAUCAACCCCCUCAUACUCCUGCCUGGUGACUUUUACCUACAAGUGGCCCCAUAUUGUAACCAAUCAGCUCGCAUCGUGGUGUGCAGCCUCCUGGAAGAGGAGGGGCUUAGAGUGGAAGUAGUUGAGGAGACCCCGAUCCCUGAAACUUCCUACCCUUGUAUAUUCAGCUCUGAGUGGUUAAAGGAGAUCAACCAGGGACGCCAUGGAACGCCCCUGAGCCGAUGCCUGCUUGCCACCCAGCAGGGCGUGGUCAGGUUACCAUGGGAACGGGUGGCCGUGCCUGAUUUGGUGGACGUACCACAGUGUGCUGGGAGUAGUAUGGCCUCUGUUCCUCCUUCAUAUCCUCCUUUACCACCUCCUCUUCCUCCUCCAAUUCCUCAUUCUUCUGAGAAAUCUUCGUCGAAUCGUUCAUUUCGUCUUUCGCCUGCAAAGAAAUCCGCACCAAAAGAGUGUAAAGUAAACGUUCAAAAUUCAAUCCCAGCAUCUUCCUCACAUCCCGCUGCCUUCUCUGUAGAGACAAGAAUAUGUCCAGGGAAGCACGGCAUCGCUGUGUCUCUCUGCCGGGUGGAUUCCACUGCUGCCUCGUCAUCUAGAGUUGUCAAAGUGAAAGAAGCUGAAACAGAGCACAAGCCUAUUGGCUGGGUUUCCCCAAAUACAUGGGACAGCCGCUUUACUGGGUCAGGUUCAGACACAGCGGCAAAAACAAGUGCUGCUUCAGGUACAAAUACACACAAAGCUGCAGAUAAGAGUCUGAUUGUCUGUGAAAAUAAAGGACAAGAUAAACAUAAAGAUACAAGCAGAGGGGGGCCAGCAGGCCAAGCUGCUGCAGAGGGGGAAUAUAUUGAUAUUCUGCAGGCAACUAUGCUUUUUUCAAAAGCUCAGUCGGUGACACAAGAGCAACAGAAGUUAGAUGUAAAAAUGCAACCUCGCACACAAGUCGAAGCACAAAUGCAAAGAUUUCCACAAGGACGUGGACAAAUGCAACCACAUGCACAGAUGGAGUCUUUCAGGCAAACACAGAGGCAGCCAAACCCACAGACCUCACAACCUCAGGCGCGUUCACAACCUUGGGUGCAGAUACCUACAAAACCUCAAACGCACAGUCCUUCUAGAUCAGAAGCUCCUGUAUCACUGACGCCGAACAUGGCCGCAGAAACAGGACCUCCAUCUGCUCCCCACCAUUCCCACCCUGACUCCCUGGAACCCUCUCAGUGUGUCCGCACCCUCCGCUUCUCAGAGAAACCCUGUACUCCGUGCAUGAAGAGGAGACAAGGCGGACAGGUCUCCCGAACUCAGGAGCUGAGGUGCCGAUACAGGGACUCCUACCAGGCUGCUAUAGAAAACCCUGUCACCUUUGGACAGGAGAGAGAGAGGGGGAAUAUGUUAGCUGUGGUGGAGGAGGAUGGUGAUUUAUCACAGUGUGACGCCAGACAGAUGCCACCAGGGACUGAAACAGAGGAUCCAUGGUGCAAUGUACGAGGAAUAUGGUGUGAUCCUGGGAUCCAAAACCAGCCUCCCUCAUCUGUCGGUGGAGCCAUCUGUAAAGAGUCGGGAGAAAAAAACACUGUUCCAUAUUGGAAACCAGAAGAUUCUAGCACAGCCCCCCUAAUAGAGUACAGGUGCACCAAUCCUUUAAAAUAUGGUGGGGUAACAGAGCAGCCGGCCGGAAAAAACGCCACGCCAUUCAGGGAAACAGGGAACACACACACUGCCAAACCGAUGAACGGGAAACCUUUAGCAACUGGAGCGAGGAUCAACGAUGAAAACUUGUCCGAAUCAAAGGAUCCUCAACAGUCACACGUGACCUCUGCCAAACACCAUGGAUUGCAGUGUGGUCCAGGUGAAAUGUCAGGGACGAGCCUGACCCUCAAGCCUUGUGAAAGAUUAAGAAACAGAACCAGUUCCUCUGGGAUGAGUCCAAACGUCACAAAGCCUCUCACAGCGUCACAAAACAGACGAGAAUCCACCUCAGAUGGAAGGUGUUCGUCCCUCUCCACAGCCGUGGUGGACACCUCGGAGAAGUGUGAACUUGUCAUCAUUGAAGGUCAAAAUGUCAGGAGAAGAGAAAAUAAAAACUCCUGUGCAGAGGUUCCCCAGCUGCAUGUUGUCAAAUGUAAAAACAGCACAGCCUUUGGGCUUGUGUCACCCAAGAUCAACAGGAGGAAGAUGGUCAUUCCAGAUGGUGCUCAGCCCAGCAGCACAUCAUUAACCAGCAGACACUGUCAUCAGAGGGAGAACCCGUCUCAGACAGAUGCACCUCCAGCAGCAGAGACACAGAAGAUCUCCCAGCAUGCCUCUGCUCGACCCAGACCCAACCACCUUCCCCUGGGAUCCCCAGACCCCAGAGCCCACCCCCUCUAUCUGGGAGUAGCAUCACUCACAGGCGGCAGAGACAGGACAGGCCGGGCGAUAGUUGAGCUCUAUGGAGAGCACCCAGGUUGGAGAUCAGCUGUAACAAGCCAGGAGAUCUUCCACAUGCUGCUCUACUUCCACUUGAUCAUCAGGAGGGAAAUCAGAGAAGCUGGGAUGACUCUUAUAUUUGAUGCGAGGAAGACAAACCCUCAGCCACAGCUCUACAAGGCCUUGAUGACGCUUCAGGAGCAGAGUCCACUGGUACUGAACAGUUUGGUGAUGCUGGUGGACAAGGACAGCCGUCUCCGGCCUGAGAGAUGUCCCGGUGUCCAGACGGACAUGGUGACCUCGAUGAAAGCCUUGCUGAAGCUGGUGGAGGGGAGUCAGCUGAGCUCCCGUCUGGACGGCACACUGUCUCACAGCCACUGUGACUGGAUAGAGCUGCACCAGAAACUUUUCCCAUUUGUUUCUGAUCUUCACGAAGCCUCCUGCCUGCUUCUGAAUGCCAUCAGUAAGGUAGAGGAGCCCCAGAGGACAGACACUGUGCAGACUGUGCAGCAGUGCAUGAUGGACCAGAGGACUCUGAUGAGGGACGUACUGGAGGACAGCAGAUUGGUCGGCCUGCAGAGGGAGGGUGGGGCCAUCUUGGCGAGGCUGAGAAGGGAGAGUGACCUCAAAUACCCUCACUGUGAAGACCUCAGUGAUGCAGUAGACUCUGUGACGAGUCUGUACAACCACAUGGAGGAGCAGGCUCACGUCCUGGUGCUGAGGUCCAACGUGUCCCUGGAACACCUGGAGUACCUGCUGCAGCUCCGGGAGUUGGAGGGACACUUCACCCAGAUGCAUCAUUGGUUUCAUGUAGAAGGAGAGCGCCACCUGCUGGAGGCUGAGUCAGUGGAGGACUCUGGGGACAGAAUGGAGCAGAUCCUCAACAGCUUCACUGGUUUCCUUAUCGAGGCAAAUGACCGAAGGCACCACGCCAUGUCACUAGUGUCCGAGGCCGAGCGGCUGCAGCAGAGCGGCCACUACUACCCAGAGACGGAGACAUUCAGGACUUUUGUCUGCUCCUUCAAGUCAGGCCUGGAGGAGUUCCUGUGCAGGGCCGAGGCCUGCGGCAGAGAGCUGCAGAUCAUGGUCAACGUGUGUGAUUUUUGUGAGCAGGCAGCAGCUCUGGCAGGCGAAUGCAUUGAUUACCUGGACCUGAGUCAAACAAACUCUCAACAAAACCAACAAGACGGUAAAACCACCAGUGCUUCACUGUCAGGCAACGACAGCUCAAUUCUUCAGACUUUUCAAGAGCGGUUUCUCCAGUUCAGCCCGGAGAGGUUUCAGGAGGUGAAGACUCAGGCCAGCGCCCUCCAGGGCACCAGGGGGAUGCGGGUGUGGAACGUAGCCUGGUUCAGGUGUCAAGAGGCCAUGCAGCAGCUUCAGGAGAGGAUGCAGAGUGUGGAUGAACUGCACCACCAAAACCCAGAGUCGAGCAGCAGUUAUGAGUGUCGCUAUGUAGAUGUGGUGAGCACUAAUAUUCAGACGACGUCCCCCGGUGGACAGAAUCUGGUGGUGCAAUCGACCCCCGGGCCUCGGCACCCACAGUGGGAGGGCAUCGUAUCCGGGGCGGUGGAUUUAGGGAAGAGAAAGACGAUCAUGGGCAGCAACGGCACUAAUUCGACCAAUGUAGCCGGCUGUGACAUCGUCAAACCUGACGAUCCCAGUGAUGCUGGAACCAGCCAGGGGUCAAAGGUCCCUCCCCAGUCACCUCACAGACCAGGAAGGAGACCAGAGAGAGAGGCGAGGAGGAGACAGACAAGCAGAACGAGGAGAGAGCGGGAUGCUGCCGCCCUGUCCCAGUCCCACACCGUCGGCUGCCAGUGGUUUCCAUGGGCGCGAGGCCUCAAAACGAGGUCGGUGAGCCAAGACUCGGGCUCCACGGGGGCGGCGGCGACAGGGUCCUCCACUCCUCCAGAGCAGGGAGUCCGACCGCCAUCGUCCUGCUCCCACCACGGUCAGCCGUCUUGUCGGAUUCUCAAGGAGGCUCAGAAGUUCCAGAUCUCCCGCCACGGCAGCUUCUGCUCAGAGGACUCCUGUCUGAGCGAGCGGGGGGCUGCAGGUGGUGAUGGGUCUUCAUGCUCCAAACACUCCAGCCUGCCCAUAGGGGGCAGAUAUGAGGGGGCCUUUUAUUUGGCCAAACCUCAGGAGAGUGCCAGCAAUGCUCUGAGGCUGAGGCGUGUCUUGGAGGAGCUGGUGGUCACGGAGAGGGAGUACGUACGAUCGCUCAGCUACAUCCUGACCCACUACCUCCCCCUGCUGGACAGACCUGACAUCCCCCAGGACCUCAGGGGCAAGCGAGGCGUCAUCUUCGGGAACCUGGAGAAGCUUUACAACUUCCACAGCCACUACUUCCUGCCGGAGCUGGAGGCCUGCCAGAGGGAGCCGGCCAUGGUGGCCCGCUGCUUUCUCAGACAUAGUGAGAGCUUUGGCCUGUACGCUCUGUACAGCAAGAACAAACCUCAGUCCGACGCCCUCAUCCUGCACCGACGCCACGACAUCUUCAAGAGGAAGCAGCAGGAGCUGGGGGACAUGAUGGAUCUUUCAUCCUACCUGCUGAGGCCCAUCCAGAGGAUCAGCAAGUACAGCCUCCUGCUUCAGGACAUGUUGUCUCUGGCCGGCUCAUACAGACCAAAGGACAUGCUCCAGGACACACUUCUCGAAUCUUCUGUGUGCGCACAAAGCGUCUGUGGCCAGGGUGUGUCUGUGCCUGAUCUGACGAGCAGCGAGAGGGAGCGGGAGAGGUCUGAGAUCCAGGCUGCUGCUGACCUGGUUCGAUUUCAGAUGCGUCACGGCAACGAUUUGCUCACAAUGGAUGCCAUCCAGGACUGUGAUGUGAAUUUGAAAGAGCAGGGCCAGCUGAUUCGUCAGGAUGAGUUCACAGUUUUCUUUAGGAAGAAGAAAUGUGUCCGCCGCAUCUUUCUGUUUGAACAUCUCGUCCUCUUCAGCAAGACCAAGAGGACAGAUAUCGGCAAUGAUGUGUAUGUCUACAAGCAGUCAUUCAAGACGAGCGACAUUGGGAUGACCCAUAACUCUGGUGUGAGCGACCUGUGUUUUGAGAUCUGGUUCCGCAGAAGGAAGAGCGAGGACACCUACACCCUGAAAUCCUCCAGCAUGGAGGUGAAGAAAGCCUGGACCACCGAUCUGGAGAGGAUCCUGUGGGAUCAGGCCACUCAUAGCAGAGAGCUUCGUAUACAGGAGAGGGUGUUUAUGGGAAUGGCCAGCAAACAUUUCAUGGACAUUAAACCCAGCGAUGCUGCGAUUUGUGACCGAGCCGUCAGCUGUGGCCUGCCUGGGAGAAUCCCUGUGGCGUGUUGUUCUCACAGGGGCGUAGACUAUCCACGGCCACACUCAAUUGGCUCUGGCAGCACGGCCUCCACCAACCUCAGCCAAUCGUCUUCCUCCUCUGGCCGGGGCUCGCUGCCCCCUGCUGGAUAUCCCGGAAACCAGUCGCAGGGAUUGGACACCGGUCCGGCCGUCUGCUCCUUCCCUGAGGCAGUGACUGACAAUGAACUCAACCAUCAGCAUCUUCAGCAGCAUCUUCAUCGUAACUGUGAGCAGUGGAAAACUCAUCAUCCUCUAUUGGACAGCACCGAGUCAUCUGGGGAAAACAUCAAUUUCUUGAGCAGCUCGGACCCCAGCUGCCUGUCUGCCAUUGGUGGAGAGGCAGUUGAAAACUCCUCCUCCUCGUUCAUGUCCCAGAAUUCAAAGCUCUGCCUACCGCUGAGUCGGACGCCUAGCGUGAGGAGAAACAGCUCACCGGUGAUCAUCAGAAAGAAACCGGGUGUCCCACCCAAACCUCAGCAUCUAGCUAAUCCCCAGAGUGAAGAAAUUAUAAUCGUAAAAUCAACUGAAGUUUAACCCCCGGAUUCCCUACAGAAGACUUUUGGACGGCUGGAGCCAUUCUGUCAUGCACAUCUUCUGGUCUCUGAGGGAACUGGAGGGCGCUCAGAGAGCAUGUACCUCCGCUCCACUAUUCUGCUAUGGAACUGAGAAACAAAAAAAUCCUGGAUUUAUGGCAAAAUUGGUCCAAUCCAUUACAACACAUUACAUACAAUCUUAACCAGUAUUCCAUCCCCAGCCAUGUUUUUUUAUUUUAAUAUUGAACUAAGCUGAAGACGAACCGAUCCGCUGCUACAGCUUCAGUGGAUUAAACAUGAAGAACAUAGUUUAUUGACAUACUCAGCAUAGGAACCUGUUUUUGUGUUCAGUGAACUAACCAUGUGUUUUUAUGUGGUGCGCUGUCAUCUGCCAUCUCAACAUUUACUGACUAUAUGAAUGAAACAUGUUCUGCAUACACAUGCAUGAGUAUCAGGUAAAUGUGUCAUGCUACAAUAACACAGAAUGAAAGAGUUUGUGGUCAAGGGAUACAUUUGUAAUGCAUGUUUUUGGAUCUUUUGUACUGUAUUAGUCUGUACAGUUAGCAAUGGCAACUGUAUUUCAGAGAAGGAGUCUUCAGUUCUGAGACAAAUAUGAAGUGUCUCUUUGUGCUGCUUUGCUACUUUUCAUUUGAUUUACCUGCAGGCGUGUUGCUAAAGAAGCAUUUGUAUCAGCUGGACUAUAAAUGUUUUGUUUACCGGAUCAGAAGGAGAACUGAGGUUCAGUUCAUGGCAGGAGCUGUGGAGUGAUCACGAGCCCAGGACUGGCUUCAGACCCAGACUUCAGGAAUGGAGAAACACGUGUACAAUGGUGUAAUAAUAAAUUGAAAUGAAUUAAUAUAUUAUUAUCUCUUCUACUUUUGAGCCAUUUUUUUCUCACAGUAGUUCUAGACCAAGAUGGACAGACCACUGGCUCAUGUGUUUUCACAUCUGGAUAUUAACUAUUACAGUAAUUCAUUCUCUUCCUCAAAGAAGCACCACAACAACUUUGUAUUAACAGACAAAAUACGUCCGUACACUUACAGGCAAGAACCACUUCCUGUUAUUAAGGGUCCACUAAUUGUUCCAUACUCAUCAAUGUUCCAGCUUCACCCACAUGAAAAUGACCAUUACAGAAAAGGUGUUUCUCUGAUUAUUUAAAUACAUUUUGUUGUAUUUUGUUUGUUGUCUUUAUUAUUUAACAAGUUAUUAAUGGAAGGCAUCACUUUUGGGUUUUUUUUCAUGCUAAAUGUACAGUAUGCAAAUGAUGACUGGAUCUUUGAUGGUCACAAUGUCGACUUUUAUUUAUUUUCCUAAAAACCACUGACUUUUAAUGACCUGGAAGCUCCACGUGUUUUCUGAACUCUGUAACUUUCUUAAUUUAUGACUUCUUCUGUUUGUGUAAAUGCAGAGUGGGUGCAGUUGUUUUUUCUUUCUUUCUUUCUUUUGUUGGAUUGUUUUAGUGGAAUUUGGAGAAGGUUUUGUUUGGUUUCUUCCUCUGAACUUUGCACUACCUUGUGGAGGUGAUGUGACAGACUGCAUGAGGAUGUGGCACCAAUGUGAUGAUGCUUCACUUCCUUAUUCCACGGAGUAAUUCCUCAGACAGACGGACGGCUGCAGACAUUUGUUUCAAAACUUUUAUCUACCACUGUGCAGGUUUUUACUUUGGCACAAACACCACUACCAAAAAUAGCAAUCUGUUUUUUGUAUUCUUUCUUUUCUUUUGAUCUGCAAAGUGCUUGAUAGAACUGGAUAUAGUCAUGUUGCAGUUUUAUCACCUUUUUCACAACAUCCUCCAGUAAUAAAAACAUAUUGAAACAA